AUGACGCUAGACACACCCCUGCCUCCGAUGCAGGCCGACCGAGCCUCCGAUGACUCGCCCAAAAAAUACAAAGAGAAGCUCAACAAGCUGCACUUCUGGCACAACACCACAAUGACGACGGUCCCCGACUACUCACGGCCGACGACGCCCGACAACGGUCCCAAUGGCCUUGUCUCGCCCCGCACACCCAAGAACGGCCUCGCCCUGACCGAGUACAGCGCGAACCCGAGUCCGCCCUCGGAAUCGACGUCUUCGCGCACCAACGAUGUCAUACCCGACGCUUUCCUUCUCCCCAACGGCUACCCCGACUACCUUCGCCUCAUCCUGACCUCGCGCGUCUACGAAGUCGUGCAGGAAACGCCCCUCACCCACGCAACCAAUCUCAGCAACAGGCUAGAAUGCAAUGUCCUGCUCAAGCGCGAGGAUCUCCAGCCCGUCUUCAGCUUCAAGCUGCGCGGCGCAUACAACAAGAUGGCACAUUUGGAUCCCAAGGAUAGGUGGCGUGGUGUUGUCGCUUGUAGUGCCGGAAACCAUGCGCAGGGUGUGGCCUACUCUGCGCGCAAGCUCAAGAUUCCCGCAACUAUCGUCAUGCCCUCAGGAACGCCCGAUAUCAAGCACAAGAACGUCUCACGGCUAGGCGGCUCAGUCAUCCUACAUGGAGCUGACUUCGACGCUGCAAAGGCCGAAGCUGCGCGAUUGGAGAAGCUGCAUGGGCUUGUGUCUAUACCGCCAUUCGACGACCCGUAUGUCAUUGCAGGUCAGGGUACGGUUGGCAUGGAAUUGCUGCGACAGACAAACCUGCAGGACCUCAAGGCCGUCUUCUGCUGUGUUGGUGGCGGUGGACUCAUCGCGGGCACCGGUGUAUACAUCAAGCGGAUAGCACCGCACGUCAAGAUCAUAGGAGUGGAGCAGUACGACGCAAACGCCAUGGUCGAAUCGCUCAAAGCCGGAAAGCGCGUCUUCUUGAAGGACGUCGGACUCUUCGCUGACGGAGCUGCGGUCAAGACAGUGGGCGAGGAGACAUUCAGGAUAUGUCAAGAGGUCGUCGAUGAGGUGGUCCAAGUCACAACAGACGAGACAUGCGCCGCCAUCAAGGACAUGUUUGAGGACACACGCUCCAUCGUUGAGCCCGCAGGCGCGCUCGCCCUUGCAGGCCUGAAGAAGUGGGUGAGCCGCAACCCGUCACCAGAUCGCAACCGUGGUCUGGUCGCCAUUGCCAGCGGCGCAAACAUGAACUUCGACCGUCUCCGCUUCGUCGCCGAGCGCGCCGCCAUUGGUGAGAACAAAGAGGCCAUCCUCUCCGUUACUAUCCCCGAACAACCUGGUUCAUUUGCCAAGCUCGUUUCCGUCAUCCACCCCAUGGCAGUCACAGAGUUUAGCUACCGCUACUGUGGCCCUGAGUCAGCUCAGAUCCUCGUUGGUGUCGAACUCAAGGCGGCGACAAGGGCCCGCGAUCUACCCGACCUCAUCGAACGUCUCGCCGCUGAAGGCAUGACUGCCGAGGACCUCUCUCAAGACGAGCUCGUAAAGUCACAUAUCCGCUACCUAGUCGGCGGGCGCAGCAACGCCGCCGACGAGCAUAUGUACAUGUUCGAAUUUCCUGAGCGAGGUGGCGCACUGUACAAGUUCCUGAACACAUUACAACCGGGAAUGAACAUCAGUCUUUUCCACUACAGGAACUACGGCGGCGACGUCGCGAAGAUCCUGGCUGGAAUACAGUGCAAAGAGGAGGACAGCAGCAAGUUGGCCAGUUUCUUGAAGGAUAUCGGAUACCCGUACAAAGAAGUCACAGAUAGCUCAAGCUACAAGAUGUUCUUGAGGCAAUGA